AUGAAGGAGGCGGAAAGGCCACUCCUAGAGAAGGCCUCGCAGCGAAAUGGCAAGAAAGGUGGCUCCGGCACGCCCCUUUCCACGGCCCUGAACCUUGCGGCCUCGUCCAUGGGGACAGGCCUGCUGACCUUGCCGCAUGCCUUCGCCAGCUGCGGCCCAACCCUUUGCACGAUGUUGCUGGCCAUCCUCGCUGUGACAACGGAUGUUACCCUGAUCCUGCUGAUAAAGUUGGGGCGGCAGCUGGGCGUCUCGACCUUCGGCUCCCUGAUGCAGCGGCUCUUCGGAAAGGAAGGCUCGGCUUGUUUCCAGCUGAUGCUGAUCUCGGUGCUCUUCCUGGCGCUGACCGCCAUGCAGCGGGUGGUUCUGGACCUCCUCCCCAUCUUCGUCUUCGCCAUCUUCGGGAUCCAGGUGUCGCCUCUGGGGCUCAGCAUGAUGGUGAACGUCUUCGUCUUGCUCGCCUGCUACUCGGGCAGCUACCACGCCCUGCGGUUCACCUCCGGCGCCGCCCUGCUGUGCCUGGUGCCCUUCAUCGUGGCCCUGAGCCAGGAUGCCCUCGACAGCUCCCGGCCGAGCCCGCGCCCCGCGGCGGAGCUGGCUUCGAUGGAGGGGUUCCUGCUGGCCUCGCCCAUCCUAGCCUCCGCCCUGGCGGGCGGGCACUUCAGCGUCAUGGAGAUGGCCGCGGAGCUGAAGCCGCAGCACCGGGAGUCGAUCUACCCCGUGAUCCACGUGGUCUACCUUCUGGUGCUGCCGGCCUGCUACGUCCUCGUCUCCUUGGCGGGGAUCUCGCUCUUUGGCGCGGACACGCCGAAGAACAUCCUGGUGGAAUUCCAGGACAACAAGGUGAUGGAAGUUGCCCGAGGAGUUUUGAGCUUCACAAAUGCACUGCGGAUGCCCCUGAUCCUCAUGCCGUGCCACAGCUUGGUUUGCGACACCAUCAUCCUCUUCACAUCGGGAAGAGUGAAAGACAACAGUGCUGCCAGUAGCCCCGUCCUCAACGCCUGGCGGACGGUCGCUGGCAUGCCGCUCUUGCUCUUUGGGGCGGCCUGCCUGGCGCAGUGGCUGAGCUCACUCUCCAACAUCCUUGGACUUCUGGGAGGAACUUGCGGGGUCUUGGGCUGCUUCUGCAUUCCUGGUGCCAUGUAUCUCUGGGUUUGGCGCGCGGAGAGGAAGAACCUCUCUUCCAACUACGCUGCGCUGGCCGCCCUCGCCAUUGUCGUUGGGCUUGCUGUGGUCUUGUCUUGCUGCCUUUCCUGGAUCUGGUGA